AUGGAGACUGGUGCUGGUAUAGGUCUGUACCCUUUGCACCGCUGCAAAACCAUCUACCUAGUGAGACAUGCUCAAGGGAUUCACAAUGUUGAUGGAGAAAAGAACUAUAAGGCGUACAUGUCUCACGAGUACUUUGAUGCAGAGCUGACCCAACUUGGGUGGCAACAAGUAGAUAGUUUGCGUAAGCAUGUUCAUUCCAGUGGACUUCACAAGAAGGUCGAGCUGGUCAUCUCGUCUCCACUUAUGAGAACAAUGCAAACUGCUGUUGGUGUAUUCGGUGGAGAGGGCUACACAGAUAUGAGUGAUGUACUACCUCUAAUGGUAGCAAAUGCAGGAAACAGCAGCCGUGCAGCAAUUUCGAGUUUAAACUGCCCUCCAAUUAUUACAGAGGAGUCCUGUAGAGAACAUUUGGGAGUGCAUCCAUGUGACCAGAGGAGAAGUAUCAGCGACUAUCAAUUUCUUUUCCCAGCAGUUGACUUUUCACUGAUAGAAAGCGACGAAGACAAGUUAUGGAAGGCUGAUGUUAGAGAAACAAUCGAUGAACUUGCAGCUAGAGGCAAAAAAUUCCUCAACUGGCUAUGGACAAGGAAAGAGAAAGAGAUAGCGAUUGUGACACACAGCGGAUUCUUGUUUCACACAUUGAAUGCACUACAGAAUGAAUGUCAUCCAGAUGUUAAGAAGGAAAUUUGCAGCCACUUUGCAAAUUGUGAGCUACGUUCAAUGGUCAUCGUCGAUAGGAGUAUGCUGGGGUCGGACGUAUCAGUGACUGAUUAUCCAGGAAAGAUACCAAAGGGGAUUGAUCUUCCAAGUGAUGCGGUUGUAGAAGACAAUAUCAAAGGUGAGUGA